UGACAUCGAUUUUACGAUUUGUCAUCAUCCCCGCUCCCAAGAUACAUGGCGUGAACCGAGUGCGAGUUGCUACAAUCCACCACAGAUACUCCUGCUAUUCGAAAAUACAAGGGCCUGUGUGUGCUUAAUCGACCCUGAGUUCACCAUGUCCUCAAGCACUGAGAGGCAGCUCCGAAGCCGACGGAAGAAAGCUUGCGACCUUUGCUUCACUAAAAAGAUCAAAUGCGACUCACGCGAGCCUCGAUGCUCUAAUUGCUUGCUUUACAAGGCAGAAUGCCGCCGGACAAUCUCUCGGCACAGGGCUAACCCACCCAAUCCGAGACCUGCGGCCAGACGCACCGCAAAUGCGCAACCGAAUAGUGAAUCAUUGAGUUCCGACCUAGUAACUUUCGAUAAUUCACUCCAAGUUGUUACAGAAAAUACGAACAUGGCACACGCCCAAACACCUGACACAUCCAUAUCGCUCAGAGAUGGUUUAAACAACACCAGCGAUGCCACCAAUGCUCGAUUUGGUGCAGACGACUCAUGGAAAUUCGACCCUAUCACUCCGAGGUUACAUUAUGGCCCUCCCGAUAAACAUCUUUCACUACCAUCGCUUGAUGAAAUUAUGCCCAUGAUCGAUCAUUAUUUCAACUGUAUCAACCCAUCGAUUCCUCUUUUCAAUCAAUCAUCCUUCAUGAGGAUGGUCGUCAAGUGGUUUAGUUUUGGUUCCAAGCGUGACACGGCCUCGUGGGCAGCGAUUCUCGUGGUCGUGGGCCUGGGUCUGCAAUCACCUAUUCCUGGUCAUGAUUCCCGUUUUGGAUCCUUCGAGAUCAAAGAUUGGACUGAUUACUGCAUGCGUAACGCGCAAUCGGCUGUUUCUGAGCUCGUGGUGAGAGAUGAAGACUUGCUGGGGGUCCAGGUCUUGGUGGCGCUGGCCAUGCUGUUCCGGAAUGCUUUCGACAUCAGGCCAUCAGGUAUUCUUCUUGGUAUGGCUGUGAGAUUAGCCCAUCGAAUGCAGCUACAUUUCGAAAAUUCAGUACAAUCCUUCACGGCAGACGAGGCUUUAGAGAGGUCAAACGUAUUCUGGAUCACUUACAUGGUUGAUAAGGACUUUAGUCUCAAAACAAAAGUGCCGUCCAUGCUAUUAGACGCUGACAUCAGUAUCCCAUUCGACGCUCACUCAUCAUCGAACAAAACUGGCAUUAUCUGGUCAUCAGACGGCCGUAGUCAGCUCAACAUAUUCCACCAUCGCUUGGAACUUGCCCGCAUCGAAGGCAAGGUCUAUGAUCUCCUAUAUUCGAGUCAAUCCAUGAAACUCGACACUCUGGAGCGCCAAAGCCGAGUUGAAAUCCUGAAAAAGACGCUAGAUCAUUGGUAUGGGCGUAUUCCGCCGGCCUUCGCGAUCGAAAAUGUCUCGACCGCUAUAGGAGAUGCGGAACUGCUUCAGCUAACUCAUUUAUACCAUAUCUAUCUCUCAUGCCUGGUUUCUAUACAUGGAAUUUGGAGCAGGAAGGCAGAAUGGAUGCGAAGGAUCGGCUCAUUGGGCAGAGCUGCAAUUGAGGAUUUUGCAACGGCUGUAUACGGACCAAAGGUUGCUACAUGCAUUGAAACACAGGAUCCACCUCAUCUGGAUGCGUGGAAUCACUGCGUGCAUGUCAGUCGAAGUUCUUUGAGGUUGUUCCACGAGACACCUCUAACACCGUGCUUGAUAUGGCAAAACGGCUGCGCUCACUUCUCCAGCCUCAUCAUCAUUCUCUCCAACAUGCUCAAUCAGCCAGCGCAGGGGUCUGAAUCUCAAGAUUUGCAGCUAGUCAUGGCAUCGAUGGACCUUUACGAUCGGCACCUCGAGGGCACCGACUCUCCAAUAUAUGGGUCGAUACGGCUCGUCAUCGAGGAUUUGCGCAAAAGCGUCGCUAAGAUGGUGGACGCUGAUCACCUAGAGCACCCUACUAGAUCACAAGCCACAGCUACCCCGAUGGUCGUGGGAAAAGAGCCGUAUGUGUUCUCCGAAGAUGUCGUGCCGGAGUUCGAGUAUCACGCCGAACAGCUGAGCAUCCUUGAGUUUGACGACAUAUUGGCUCCUUAUGUUGGAGAAGACGGAGUUAUUUCAUUUCUCAACGACUGCACAUGAGACCAAGGCUAUAAUAAGAUUUUUAUUUUAGUUAAUUAUUUUUCUUCAUAAUUCAUAAAUUCUUCUAUUCGGUGAGCUUUUAUUAUGUUUUAAAGGC